GAAAGGGAGGAGAUAAAAGCAUUCGCUUGUAAACGGUGAGAACUUGGCUGGUCUUCCUGCUCGCCGGCAAUGGCUGCUUCGAGGAAGCUUGACGCUAAUGGCAUUUCAGGGAAGAAGUUAAAGGCCGAGAUGGAGAUUUUACAGUGUUUCCUUGUUGUGUUACUAAGUGCCAUUGUUCUUACAACUCUGGCCCAUGCUCAGGAUCAAACAGGCUUCAUUAGCCUAGAUUGUGGACUACCUGACAAUGCUACCUACACCGAUUCGAUAACGAGCCUAAACUACAAUUCAGAUGAAGCAUUUAUAGACACUGGCAUAAGCAAAAGAAUAUCUUCUGAAUUUAGUUAUUAUGGCUUUGUUAGGAGACUACAGUACGUUAGAAGCUUUCCUCGAGGAAACAGAAACUGUUAUAAAUUAGGCCUUGGUAAAGGCAUCAAAUAUCUGAUCAGAGCUACUUUCUUGUAUGGAAAUUAUGAUGGCCAAAACGAAAUACCACAAUUUGAUAUCCAUCUAGGAACUAAUAAAUGGAGUACGGUGCAACUAGAGGAUGCAAUCCGUUCAUUUUCCACAGAGAUCAUACAUGUGACUGCUAGGAGCUACGUAUUUGUCUGCCUUGUGAACACCGACUCUGGGACACCAUUCAUAUCAGCAUUAGAAUUGAGGCCUCUGCAUAAUGCAACUUAUAAUACUGAAACUGGAUCACUAGUACUCGCCAGGAGGUUAGAUAUUGGUUCAACAACCAAUGCAACGGUCAGGUUUCCGAAUGAUAUUUAUGAUCGAGUCUGGCAAACUCACAAUUGGGCAAAAUUGAUUAGCUCGCAAACUGAUGAUUACCAGGAACAAAAUUCUUACGAUCCACCAUCAAGUGUUAUGACGACUGCUGUCACAUCAACAAAUGCUACUGAGCCACUGUCUUUCUCGAUAGGCAUUGAAGGUAGUGCUAGCCAGUAUUAUACCUAUAUGCACUUUGCUGAAAUUGCAAUUCUCCAAGCCAACCAAUCCAGGGAAUUCGACGUAUAUUUGAAUGGACAAAAAUGGUAUGGACCAAUAUUUCCUCGUUAUUUGUCCACAAAUACAAUAUUUACUCGGUCAGCAUUGAAUGGAGGAAAAUUUCAGUUUUCCUUGAAUAAAACUGGAGAUGCAACCCUUCCACCCCUUAUCAAUGCAAUUGAGAUUUAUACUGUACUUGAACUCUUACAACCUCAAUCAGAUCAAGAAGAUGUUGAUGCCAUAAUGAACAUCAAGUCAGCAUAUAGAAUAGAAAGAAACUGGCAAGGUGAUCCUUGUUCCCCACCAGAUUACUUAUGGGAAGGUCUCAAUUGCAGCUAUAAUGACGAUGACCUGCCCAGAAUCAUAUCCUUGAACUUAUCGUCAAGUGGAUUGACCGGGGAGAUUAAUCGUUACAUAUCCAAUCUCACAUUGUUACAAUCUCUGGACUUAUCAAACAAUAGUUUGACUGGAUCAGUGCCUGAUUUUCUGUCUAAAUUAUCUUCCUUGAAAUUCUUAAAUCUAUCAGGAAACCAACUCACAGGCACUGUUCCCCCACCUCUCACUGAAAGUGUUGGCGGAAAUCCAGAACUUUGUGCAUCGGUUUCAUGCAAUGAUAAUAACAAUAAGAAGAAGUACGUUGUUCCAGUAGCUGUAUCAGUUGCUGCAUUAUUUGUUAUUAUUGGAGCUGCACUGGCAAUAUGGAGAAGGAGCCUUAAAAGAAGAAAGAAACAAGAAGUAGAAGCUGGUGAGAUAAUGGUAGCUCAAACCAGGAGAACAAGUGAAGCAUUGGAGUCGAGAAAAUUAAAACGACAAUUCACUUACUUUGAAGUCGUGCAAAUUACCAAUAACUUUGGGAGCGUUCUUGGUAGGGGAGGAUUUGGAACCGUUUACCAUGGCUACUUGGAUGAUAUUGAAGUAGCAGUAAAGACGCUAUCUCCAUCCUCAGUUCAAGGCUACAAGGAGUUCCAGGCUGAGGUUAAACUUCUUUUGAGAGUUCAUCACAAAAACUUGACUUCCCUUGUUGGAUACUGCGAGGAAGCCAACAACAUGGUGCUUAUCUAUGAGUACAUGGCUAAUGGAAACUUAAAACAUCAUCUCUCAGGUGAACAACCAGAUAUCUUAAGCUGGGAGGGUAGACUUCGAGUAGCCCUUGAGGCAGCACAAGGAUUGGAGUAUCUUCACAAUGGUUGCAAGCCACCAAUUGUACACAGAGACGUGAAGACUACAAACAUUUUAUUGGACGCUAAAUUCCAAGCCAAACUAUCUGAUUUUGGGCUGUCAAGAAUUUUUCCAAAUGAAGAUGAUUCUCAUGUGACAACAACCAUUGCUGGCACUCCAGGCUACCUUGAUCCCGAGUACAACAUAACAACCUGGUUGACUGAAAAAAGCGAUGUUUAUAGCUUUGGAGUUGUUCUUUUAGAGAUCAUCACAAGUCGACCUGUCAUUGCCAAAAACGAUGAUGCUGAUAAGAUUCAUCUCAGCAACUGGGUCAGUUCCAUGCUCGAUAUGGGGGAUAUUAAGGCCAUUGCCGAUCCAAGGUUACAUGGAGAUUUCGAUGUUAAUUCUCUAUGGAAAGUUACAGAAUUGGCAAUGGCUUGUGUAUCUGAAACUUCUUCUGAAAGACCAAAUAUGACCCAAGUGGUGAUGGAAUUGAAGGAGUGUUUAGCAACAGAGAUGGCUCGAACAAGGGAGGGGAGUAGAAGUCCUCAAUCAAAUAAUGCUGUUAACUUGAUGGCCCUGAAUUUGCAUACUGAAAUUUCUCCCCUGGCGAGGUAGUCAUUUCAGAAAAGAAGGGUAUCUUGUUGUAUGCAAAACUUUUGCAUAGCAAAAAGCUUUGCAACCUUGAACUCAAAAUAUGAAUAUGUAAAUCUAAUUAUACAUUUUA